AUGGCUCCUGGCAUUGUCUCUCCCCUUCCGGGAAACCUGAACUCCUCUUUCUACUCAACUAUGCACGGGAAUUCCCGGCAAGUCUCGGCCCUCUCUGCUGCCUUUGACAACGACAGCAUUUCUCAGAAUGGCCGGUCCACGCGCCGAGAAUCUGGCUUUGUUCGCAAGUCAAAUGGCUUCGGCAACUCUAAUAUCACCAGUGUAGUACAGUCUCUCCACCGUCGCAGCGGUGAUGAGUUGGGCAAUGCUGCUUCAUCCCAGCUUCUGAACACCUCCUAUCACUCCAUCAUUGAGUGGAUUCGUACCGAGCGAAUGAGCCACCUGCCUCCGGAGGGUAGCAGCUAUGACAAAGUUCUUUCAUGGGCCCAGCUUUUUGUUGAAAGACUCCACUCCUUUGACAAUGGUAUUCAAGACUUUGCUGGUGAUAGCUAUCUUGCCGCUCAGCUGUCCUACGGCUACUGUGCUAUGCUGCUGGAGCUUGGCAAGGACAAUGCACCUGCUUUGAUGAUCUCUUUUGGCUUCUUCUACAGUACUUCCUCUGCUCUGGUGAACCUUCUGGAGCGGACUGAGCUGUUCUCGGUGUCCCAGGAGAUCAAAGAACAGCUGAUCCUGGCCCUGGCUGACUUGGUUACCCUCGUUGCCAGUGUAUCCACUCACUUCCACAAGGCUAUCCGUGGAUUGACCACAGCUUCGGUGUCGGUCAACAUCUAUGAUACUUUCCCUGGUCAAAUCCAAUCCUUCAGGGAGCGAUGUGGAAAGAUCUCCGAUGCGAUGUGGCGGCACCAGCUUGCUAAGGAGAACAUUGACACCGAGAGAGUUGCCAUUGUCAAGUCCGUCCGAUCAUGGCUUGCCCCCGAAGACCGCGUUCUCAACCGCCUCGCCGAAAACACCUCGCACCUCGCCCAAGAGCGUGAGGAAAUGACUUGCCUUUGGAUGGGUCCAUAUUUGACUCGCUUCCUGAAGAGUCAGAACCACACUCUGUCAUUUUACGGCAAGCCGGGAUCCGGCAAAACUGUUCUUGCCUCGGUCAUCGUUGAUCGACUGCAAGAGCAGAUCGGUGGUGUUCACUACAAGACCUUGUUUGUCCCCAUCAAUGCCCGCAUCCCCGCCGAGACUACCCCCGUUGCAAUUGCAAAGACUAUUUUGCUCCAGCUAUUUGAGAAGCGCAUCGGUAAUGUUCAGCUCCUCCACAUUCUAGGCGAUGCCUACGAGCGAAGCCGUAAGACAACUGCUCCCGCGGACUAUGAGAACAUUCUAUGGAAUGCUCUGGAGCGUGCCUUGGCGGCCGCUCUCCGUGGUGCCAAGGAGCUGGUCAUCGUCAUUGACGGCCUCGAUGAGGCUACCGGCGGAGAGACUGCUCUGCUCCAGAGGUUGACUGGCGCCACUUCCAACGCUGUCAAUGUCAGGCUCAUCACUCUUGGUUCUGAGAAGCCCACCGCCAAGGAACAUGUGAUGGCUGUUCCUAUCACCGAGGAUCGCAUUUCUGAUGAUGUCGCUGCCGUUGUUCGGGAUAUCUUCGAGCCUAGCCGGACGUAUCGUGAAAUGUCCGAGUUGGAGCGAGAGACUGUGGUGGAUCAAAUCACCGAAGCUUCUCACGGUUCAUUCCUCUGGGCUAAGCUUGCUGCUAAGCGUGUUCGCCACGAGAACAGCCUGGAUGCCUUCCGCAAAACCGUCGAGACAGUGGUCAACAGCAAGUGGACUGUCACAGACUUCGUUUCCCACGUCCUUGCCUCCUCCGAGAUCAAUGAGGAAGCUAAGUUCAUGCUUCUCUGGCUUGCUACUGCUGAGCGUCCUCUGUUGGUGAAGGAAUUAGCUACUCUUGCCUCAGUCCAGCUUGAUAAGCAGACUUUGUCCGAUCGCAAGGUUGAUACCUUGACUAUCCUGAAACCCUUGACAUCCCUUGUCUUCCUCCAGGAUGGCCAGGUUUAUCUUCGCCACGGCCUCAUUCGCACAGCUGUUCUGGAUGUCUAUACCAAGGGCAAGUUAAUUCCCACCGUGAAGGAUCGUCAUGCCGAUCUUGUUACUCGACUGCUGGUCUAUAUCAAAAUCACUGUGACUGAGCAGCAUGAGCCUUCGCUGACUCCUUUGGACCGUCACGAUACCAGCAUCCUUGUUCAAAAACAUCCGCUUCUGGACUUCUCGGUGCGCUACUGGCUUCACCAUUUGAAGAACACCACUGUCUACACCACCAGCGGUGACGCUCCUACUGCCAAGGAAUUUGGCAAGCUCUUCCCUGCCACUGUUACUUUGCUUCUGCUCCAGAACACACUCUGGCAGAACAUCUCCACCCCGACGCUCUUGACAUACCUGACUAUUGUUAGCAACAUGAGCCGUCAGAUUCUGACUCCGAACAAUGUCGUUACUCUCCAGUCUAUUAUUUCCCUUGCUCUCUUCCGUCGUGAUAUCAGCCACAUUGCCGAGGCGAUUCCGCUGUUCUAUGAGAUCACGACUAUCAGUCGCACUCUGCUCACUGCCAAGCACAUUAUUACCAUGCAGAUGUCUAGAUUCUUCUUGGACCUCACAGUGGAGCACGUAACAACAACCAAGACCGAUCUAAUGAUCAAGCGGGAGGAGAUUCUCCUUCUCAUUGUUGAGUGCUACAAGAUCCACUACGGCAACAACUCAGAGAAAGUCGUCACAACUCUAAAGACCCUAGUUGAGCACUACCGCAUUCUCAAGGAGGAGAAGAGGAUCAAGGAGAUUGAAAUUAUAAUUCAGACUAUCACUGGGGCUCGCUAUGAGGGUGAUGAGACCGAUACUCGUGGUAAUCUUCAUGUUCACCUGAAGGGUCACAAGCAAAACGGCGAAGUCGGUACUCUCUUUGUUCUGGAUACCGAGGUCGAUGAGUACCAGUCUGAGACCUUCGACUUUGAGGCCCUUCUCAAGCAGGCUCAAGAGUACGUCGCUGCGGGCCGCUUUGCCGAGGCCGAGCGUAUCUACGUUGAGAUCUGGCAACGAGCCAGCAAGGAAUGCCGUACUCAGUACUCCGAGUACUGGGAGCAGAUCAAGCUCAAGUCGGUCACCGUCUACUCAAAGUUCCUUCAGUCUCAGAAGCGUGAGUAUGAGGCCUCCUCAAUCUUGUCGAGUGUCUGGGAGGAGUAUCGCAGCACUAGCCUGUCUGUGUCUGAGUCCACUUCGUCCCACUUCCAAGAAAUUGCGAAGGUCAUGACCGCGGUUGGUCUCUCUACAGCGGCUCUGAGCAUUUUCAAGCACUGUGCCCAUUACUACAAGAGCACCAACUGCACCGAGUCCUCACGCUAUGCUGAGAUUCAGAAGAGCAUUGAGCAGACCUCCCAACAGGUCAUGCACCAAGCAAGCUCGUCUUCCUCCGUUGUUUCUGAAUCUGUACUGGAGGAGAUUGUCUACGAGGCUUCCAGCUCCAUUACCAAGAUCGACCAGAGUUCUUUCACUGCCACUUACACACUGGUCGAGCUGUAUGUCUCUCAGCACCGCUGGAAAGAUGCUACUCGCGUUGUCAAGAAGGUUCUGCACGGUCUCUGGCCAUCCCUGUUUGCUCCCUCCAUUCAGGACGUUGUCCUUCCCGGCCAGCACGUCGAGAAGUGCGUGGACCUGGCCGAGCACUUGAGCCAGUGCUACCACUACCGCCGUCGGUUCCCUCGUGAAGAAGGCAUUCGCAUACGUGUGUACCGCGCUGUUCGAGCCGCAAAGCCCGUCGAUGACAAGCUGCGCGAGCGGGUCACUACCGAGCUGAUCUACUUCUAUGAGCGCUCUUCCCAACCCGACCGGGUCAUCAGCACUCGCCAGGAGAUCUUGGAUGACUACAUUACCCACUACGGACCCGAACACGCUAUCGUCAUCAAGACCCUCUGGACCCUUGCGGAGCUUACUCGUCCUCGCCCAAUUUCUAUCGAGUACUAUCAGCGCAUCAUCCGUGCCUUGAACAAGGAUGCUCCUCAUUGCCAUCCUGAUGCUAUUGAGCCCUUGAUCAUUGUUGUCAGCGAGCUUUGGAACCAGAAUCGCUAUUCUGAUGCUGUCCAAUACUACUCACUGCUCUUCACUACUUUCUUGAAUGAACCCAAGAAGAGCCCCAAGUUCCAAGCUCCGGACUUUGUGCAGGAGUUCUUCACCCGGUAUACACAUUGCCUUCGCAGUGUGCGCACUGAGUACACCAAGAUCCACAAGGUUACCGUCGAAUACCAGACUAAGGUCAAGGCUGUCUUUGGCGCUACUGCAACGAUUACCAUCAAGGCUACCGUGACCCUCGCCAAGGUGUGCCAAGAGUCCAAGCGCUUUGAGACUGAUGCCAUUGCCCUCUACGAAGAGCUGCUCACUAUCCAGUCCACCGAGAUUGACCGAGAAGAGAUCACUGCUAUCCUUGACGGUAUUUACGAGGAGCAGACUGCCAUUGCUACCUCCAAAUCUGAAUCGAUCUCUGCCACCCAAAUUGAGCGCGCUUCCAGGGUCUUGCGCAAGCGCAUCACCUCUGUUCGCGAGACGUAUGGCUGGGCUCACGAGGAGUCUCUGACUAAGCUAAAGGAGAUCGUCUCCUUCCACUCCCAGCACAGCGAGUCGUCUGAGUCCGUUCUUUCGGAGCUCAAGGAGUCAACCGUGCAGAUCCUGCAGACUGAAUCUUCUUCCACCCGCCUUGUCGCUGCCGCAUCCACCAUUGCUGCCAGCUACAUUGCCACCAAGCAGGUCUCCAAGGCGACGGAGCUGACGCAGGAACUAUACCGCCAGGUCGUCAUGAAGGACACGACCAACGUCAAGUCCACGAAGUUUGAUCUCACCUCCAAGGGUCGUCAGAGCCUGAUCUUCUUGGCUCAACUUGAGCAAAGCCUCAGCUAUCGAAGCUCGACUAUCACGGAGAUCUUGGCUGAGCUGACCACCGAGUACGUGUACUUUGAGGAGUUCCGCAGCCACAUCUCCUCUAAGACCAGCUCUUUCCACAUUGUCUCGGUCUCUGCUUCUCGUCUCUACCACUUCUUGCUCUCCAACAAUCGCAAGACUGCUGCUAUUCGUGUAUUCGACGACUACGUGGCCUACUUCAUGGCUACCGAGGGCAAGCGCACCAAGUUGACCGAGAUUAACCAGGUGAAGAUCUUCUUGUCGACUAUUUUGGACCACUUCAGCACUCACAAGUCAACCAACUUUAUUCGUUCGGUUGGUAUCGCUAGCAACUAUCGUGUUCUUGAUCUCCUUCAGAAGAAGAACUACGAUGGUGCUUGUGAUCUUGCCAUCGUCUCGUUCCGGUACAUCUCUGCUCAUGAUGUGUAUCGCUCCGCUGCCAUUGUCAAGUUUGUCUUCACGUUGGGUGUGUUCAUCACUGGACGUACUAUUGUUCCACAGCCCGAUCAACCUACCCAGAAGAAGCUGCUCGGCGUCUCUUCUGUCAUCAUCCAGGAGGUUCUGCGCGUCAUUGGCGACUUGAAGAUCAACCUGGCUCAGGUCAAUCUUGACUACUUGAAUAUUCUGAUUGGCGUUCUUGGUGAACAGAAGGAUUACAAGAAUCUCGUUUGGGUCCUUGCCAGUCUUUGGAACAGCCGCAAUCAGCAGAUUAACUGGUCGCCUGCGAUCACCCUCCAGCUGGCCCGCCGCUACAUUCUGGCCCGUUAUCUCGUCGGUGACGCUCUCAGGGCUUCCCGCCUGGCCGAAGACAUUGUGUACAACUGCCGCCGUGUUAAUGGUGCUCGCCACCAGAGCACUCUCGAGAUGUCCACCCUGCUUUCCCAGUUGUACGCCGGCAUCGCUCAGCGCUACCAGUCUGAGAAGGGUGGUCAGCACAUGGCGAACAAGUACUACAAGAAGAUCGCCAGCGUUCACGAGAACUUGCUCAGGAUUUUCGUGGAUCCGUCUCUGGCCGAGUUUGAGGGUGGCCUCGAUAGCAGCCUCAGCAUGGACGGCUCCACCUACGACCUUGACCUUGGCGACAUCACUCCGAGCGGCUCUAUUUCCGAUAGUGAGCAGGUGCGUCAGCACCUCCAGCUGCUCAAGCUUGCUGUGCAGCACCUGGGUGACUGGCCUAAGGAUUUCAGCGAGUAUGAACGUCUGAACGCUGAUUUGUUCCUUGAGUUUGGCGAUGAGCUCAAGGGUGUUGAGGGUGUUGAGAAGUGGGAUCUCAAGAAAUUCGGCUCUGGAAAGGCCUCUGGCAACGAGGAUCAGCUGAACCUGAACUUCAAGUCUUGGGAGCUUGAUCUUGCUCAGCCGGGAGAGGUUGAGGAGGAGCUGUAA